AUGCGUUGCGGUGAUCCUACAUUCAGCCCUGUAGGGGAGGAAAGGCUUAGCCGUGUCGAUUAUGUCUAUUUUGGAAUAGUCGUAAAUUCAUAUGCUAAGCAACUAGAGAAGAAAGAAAGGGAUGCAGAAAUCCCAAAUCCUUCAUAG